UGACGUAAGCGCGUUACGUCAUGAGGAAACGAGGAAACACGAUGUAAACAAAGCGAAACAGCGUCGGGUUAAUUACCUGCUUUAAUAAAGUCUGAGCGACUGUUUUCACCGCGGAUUCACUUUAAGUUCGUUUGUUUAUGUCGUUGAGUGUUUUUGUGAACUGAGCUGUUAGCUGACUGGAGCUAACGUCAGCUAGCUGCCAGCACGUUAGCGCUGACCAACAUGGAUGAUAACAAGAUGGUGGCUGGUAAAGUGAAGAAGCCGGGGAAACGCGGCCGUAAACCUGCAAAAAUAGACCUGAAGGCCAAACUGGAGCGGAGCCGUCAGAGCGCCAGAGAGUGCAGAGCCAGGAAGAAACUGAGAUACCAGUAUCUGGAGGAACUGGUUUCCAGUAAGGAGAGAGCUAUCUGCGCCCUGCGUGAGGAGCUGGAGAUGUAUAAACAGUGGUGCUCGGCCAUGGAUCAGGGGAAGAUCCCCUCAGAGAUUAAAGCUCUGCUGACCGGAGACGAGCAGAAGCUGCCUCAGGGCGGCAGCAGCACCAAGACGUCCAAGAACAAGAACAACAUCAGCAGCAACGGUCAGGGUUAGUGUGACGGAGGAAGAGGGAAACCUCCGCCUGUGACGGAGGUCAGAGACUGAUGACGUGAAAAUCACCUACAAACUCACAGAUUACAGUUCCUGAACAGGAACCUGCAUGUAACUCAUAACCUUCUUAUUGCCUAGUUAUUCCAGUGGCUAAUCUGUAUCUGACAGUCGUUUCACAGUUUCACAGUUUUCCUAAAACUUUCACUUUCAUGUGUUCAUAGCAGUGAGACACAAACCAGUCCAGUUCACCAGGCUGCGUUCAGAAAACACUGAGUCCUUCAUCGGGGUGUUGGAGGUCGUUUCUGUCACGUGACUUAUAUAAUAAGAAUAUAAAACGAUGUUCCUGUCGUGUUUUUACAAACCCAGAAUUCCUCCCUCUGUCUUUAUGUUCAUCAGGUUUAAACCAGGAACUAGAUCUGAAAACAGAAAUUACUACAUUCCAUUCUUGUUCUUAAAACAAGAUGAACUUUUAGUUAAAACCACAAAGUGUCAGGUUCAACCACAGAUCCACUGUGAAGGGAAUAUGGAAGCCCAGAGAGGUCACUCCGCUUGCCUCUCUUGGCGUCCCUAGUUUCAUCUAUAAGCAUUAAAAGAUAUUUUAGAUGCACAUUUUACAAACAAGUGGAGCUGAAUUUCACUAAAACAUUAUCUACGUGGUGCUCAACAUUUUACUGACUGUUACAUGAAAAAUGAAAGUUAAACUUUUACCAAAAAAACAAAGUUUUAGACACAAAGUUUUGGCGUGUGGAUUGUUGUGAUACUUGAUUAAAAGUUGAUUCUAAAUUUUUCUGGAAAACAGGAAACGUUUGGGCACCACAACGAGAACAAGUAAAAAGGUUCAAUUUCCCUUUUUCAAUACAAAACAAUUAAACUCUUUGAUUAAAGAAAGAUUAUAGAUAGAACCCUUUAUACUGAAAAAUUUCCCCACAAAAACAGUAAAUUAUUCUUCUCUAUAAAUCAGUUAUUUAUAACACAGGAAACUCGCACCUCUUCCAUCUCUUCAUCCCUCAGCUUGUUUGAUUUGAUUUAGUUUUUAACUUUUAAUUUGUCAUGUGAAGUGUUUAUUAGAGUGUUCUGGAAAGUUCUUUCAUUAUUAAAUCCUUUAUUCAACCAGGUAAAUGUCUCACUGAGAUUAAAAUCUCUCUCAGCAGUGACCUGGUCAACAGAGCAGUUUUAUUAGUUUUAUUAGCACUUUAUCAUUUCUUUUUUUAACACUUUAUUGUGUCAGUUAAUGUUAUUGAAAGAUUAUACAUUUCUUGUUAUUCAAACAUUUUGACUCAAACUUUUUGACCUUUUUAUAACUUUUUUUUCCUCACCCCAUCCCAGAAUACAGUGCAUACAUAAAGCAGUAGAGUGAUAACGGCAUAGUUAUUACUGAUCAUAACUUCAAUCUUCAUUAACCUCAGAACUUCCUUUAAGAAAAGUUCAUAACAAACUACAAAACAGGUUUCACAUCUGGUUCCUGGUUCAAACUCAACAGUUAGAAAUCUAAGAUGACAUCGUUGUUGUUGUUGUUGUUGUUGUUGUUUAUACUUAUGAUGGUUUAUGAGUCACAUGACUGACGGACUGAGACGCUGUGAUGAAGGUGAAGAACUGAACGGAUCUUGAGCUGGUUUGUUGUUUCACAUGUGAACAGCUUCACUUUGCUCUAAAAGUCUGAAGAGGAUAAACAUGAUGGAGGACAUUUCAUUUUUAAAUCUGACUAAUGAAGUUGUAGCAUGAUGAUGAUGAUGAUGAUGAUGAGAGGAGAAUGUACAGUGAUGAUGAAGAGUGAGGGAUAUAUUUUUGUAUUAGUAUUUUCUAUGGGCUCAGAGGAAGCCGCUGUGGAGUGACUUGUUGAUGAAUGUUUGGUCCAGACUGGAUUUGUUGGUAAAAUGAUGUUAAAUUAUAGAUAAACAACGAGCAGGUUCCCGCCCACAGCUUUUUAUUGUUUUAUAGAAAUGACUGUUUGUUACUGUUUGUCGUGUGUAUUCAGAUCCCUGCAGGCGUUUCCCUUCGAUUCAUUUCGGACCAAAUUUAAGCUUCUUUUUUUUAUUUUUUUUUAUUAGUGAGCUGAUGAAAAUCCUCAUUAAAGUUUGUGCACUUUCUUAAAUUUGGCAGAAGCACUUUGUUAGACGAUUGUAGGCCGAAGCUUCGCAGCGAUGAUCUGUGAAUCUGAACUUUGUUUCUUCAACAAAAUAAAAGUGUGUUUGACUGUGA